AAGCAAGUGCAUCCCAACCUAUAUCUGGUGUUGAACACUAGUGACGGAACUUACCUGGUAUUCGAGCAAUGGCCUCCCAGAAUAUGGAUCCUGCGGCAGCCACAUCUACCGCAGCUUUGAAAGGCAGCGACACCGGUGGGAGCGCGGCCAGAGGAUCGGUUUCGAAAAGACUUCAGCAGGAGCUGAUGACACUAAUGAUGUCUGGAGAUAAGGGAAUUUCAGCUUUUCCUGAGUCUGACAACCUGUUUAAGUGGAUUGGGACAAUAGAUGGCGCACAGGGAACGGUUUAUGAAGGUUUGAGGUACAAGCUCUCCUUAGAGUUUCCCAGUGGUUACCCCUACAAGGCACCCCGUGUAAAGUUCAUUACCUCCUGCUUCCAUCCCAACGUGGAUGAGAAUGGUUUCAUUUGCCUGGACAUCCUGAAGGAGAAAUGGUCAGCCUUGUAUGAUGUGCGCUCUAUACUGUUGUCCAUCCAGAGUUUGCUAGGAGAACCAAACAAUGAGAGCCCUAUGAAUGCCACUGCUGCUGAGCUCUGGGAGAACCAGGAAGCCUACAAAGCCCAUUUGCACGCAACAUACAAGAAAUAAUCAGCGAGAUCAUCAUGGACUUCCCUUGUUUUAAGUU